GCGUUUAUAAAAUUUUUUAUCUGUUCUAUAAGACAAAAUAUGCAAGUAUACGAAGUUUUAAAGUGUUUCUGUAGAAAACACAUUAAAUAAAAAAUGGUGUCCGCCAAAUCAGAAGGAUCCCAUUAACCAACAUUUCUAAUGAUUUAUUUGAAUAUUAUUUAGAAAAAAGAAUUUCGAAAAAAUUAAAAUUGUAAAAAGUGCCACAUAUUUUCGCAAGUCAGCAGUCGUCUAAGCAUGCGCAAUGUUCCGGGCGGGUUUUUGUUUUAUUUUGAAAAAUAAUUGUUUCAGAUGGUAACCUUAGGGAUAACCGAAAAAAUUUGGAAAUACAUAAUAUAUGAUUUACAUCUUGUACUAUAUUCUCACACACUUUUUCUUCAUUUCCAAACAUUUUGACCUUAUUCGCGAUUUACGUUAAAUCUUCAACCCGAAAUUUGCCGCCAUUUCCGAAGAGAUCGUCAAUACAUUUUUCGUGCCUCAUCAUCGCAUCUAGUUAAGAUGCCUCGUGAAAUGAUCACAUUACAACUAGGCCAAUGUGGCAAUCAAAAUUGUUUAUAUACAAAAUCUUAGCUGGAAUCUGAAAAUCUUGUGUAUCUUGGUUGCAAUGUAAAUCUUUGUCCUGGUGGAAAUUUAUGGUAUGGAACAGAUUUUUGUUGGCAUGGAAUUUUGGAAGCAGUUGUGUGCAGAACAUGGUAUUAGUCCAGAAGGUAUUUUGGAAAACUUUGCAACAGAAGGUUUAGAUCGGAAGGAUGUAUUUUUUUAUCAAGCUGAUGAUGAACAUUAUAUUCCCCGUGCUGUACUCCUUGACCUUGAACCAAGAGUUAUUAACACUAUCAUGUCAUCUCCUUAUGCCAAACUAUAUAACCCUGAAAAUGUUUUCCUUGGCAAGCAAGGAGGGGGUGCAGGAAAUAACUGGGCUGUUGGUUUCUCACAGGGUGAAAAGUUAUAUGAGGAAAUAUUUGAUAUCAUUGAUAGAGAAGCCGAUGGAAGUGACAGUCUUGAGGGGUUUGUUCUUUGUCAUUCAAUAGCAGGUGGAACUGGAUCAGGUUUAGGAUCGUAUAUGUUGGAAAAGUUGAAUGACAGGUUUCCCAAAAAGCUUAUUCAGACAUAUUCAGUAUUUCCAAAUCUGGAUGAAAUAUCAGAUGUUGUUGUCCAACCAUAUAAUUCUCUAUUAACAUUGAAAAGACUUACAUUGAAUGCAGAUUGUGUGGUUGUUUUGGAUAACACAGCUCUCCACCGAAUUGCAACUGAUCGCCUUCGCAUUCAGAAUCCAACUUUUGGUCAGAUCAACUCAUUGGUCUCAAUUGUGAUGUCAACAAGCACAGCUACACUGCGUUACCCUGGAUACAUGAAUAAUGAUCUUGUAGGCUUGAUUGCUUCUCUUAUUCCUACACCACGACUUCAUUUUUUAAUGACUGGUUAUACACCAUUAACAACUGACCCACAUGUUGCUAGUGUGAGAAAAACUACUGUCCUUGAUGUGAUGCGUAGGCUAUUACAACCAAAAAACAUGAUGGUCUCAACACCUGUUCAUAGACAAGACAAGCACUGCUAUAUUUCAAUAUUGAAUAUCAUUCAAGGUGAAGUAGAUCCUACACAGGUCCACAAAAGUCUGCAGAGAAUCCGUGAGCGUAAACUGGCACAGUUUAUCCCAUGGGGUCCAGCUAGUAUACAAGUUGCACUUUCCAGAAAAUCUCCUUACAUUCUAACUGCUCAUCGAGUCAGUGGUCUAAUGUUGGCUAAUCACACCAGUAUAUCUUCAUUGUUUGAAAGGACCAUGUCACAUUAUGAUAAACUGCGGAAACGAGAAGCUUUUAUGGAAACAUUUAAGAAAGAACCUAUGUUCCACGAUGAUUUAUCAGAAUUUGAUGCUUCCAGAGAAGUUUUGCAACAAUUGGUGGAUGAAUAUCAUGCUGCUACCAACUCAGAGUAUCUUUCUUGGGGCAUGAAGAAUGCAUCAUAAAACAGUGUUUGAAUGCAUUGAAAUGUAACUCUGGAAAUACAACUGAUUUUGAUCCAGUCUAAGAGAAGAAAAUUGUGACACAUAAAACUGAUCUAUGAUUGAAAAAGUCUAGAUUUGUUGAUAUCACUGUUCUCUACAGUAGUUCAACAUGCAUGUCUUUCUCACUUGAACUGAUAUUUACACAUUUGGUGAAUCGAUCCUAUUUAUUUCUGAUUUCUGUUAACUUGAUUCCUUUCAUACAUGUUGCUGACUUAUAUUUUUUGAAAUAAAUAUUAUACAUUUUUUUUUUUUA